AACCAUAUUUUUUAGAGAAGCAUUUGUAUUUAUUCCGAAAAUUCCCGUUGUUCAGCUUCACGCUUUUAGCUGGGUGGGAGUAUUGGCAGUCGGCCCCCAGCGGGGAGAAGCGUCCCGUCAUUCCUCGCGUGGCCAACGGCUCUCUACCGACUGCUCAUUGAAUUACGGUCCGCGGCUCGUUCGGCUCGGCUUUACGGAGUAAUCCGCGGAGAUCCGGGCCAUACCGACCCAACAAACACCGCUACACCGUCCGGGCUCUGCUUGUCGUCCGGCGUGCCGCUCCUGGGCUCGCUGGGUGAUUUUUUUCAGGGGAGAACGGCGGAGCUAGUAGCCAGCGAUGAUGGAGCUGGAGUCGGCCUGUAGCCGAGGCGACCCGGGACCCGGGGACUCGCUGCAGCCGCAGACGCCGAGCCGGCACGAGAAGAGCCUGGGCCUGCUCACCACCAAGUUUGUGACCCUGCUGCAGGAGGCGAAGGACGGGGUCCUGGACCUGAAGGCGGCUGCAGACACUCUGGCCGUACGGCAGAAACGACGCAUCUAUGACAUCACUAAUGUCCUGGAGGGAAUCGGUCUGAUUGAAAAGAAGUAAAACAGCAUCCAGUGGAAGGGCGUGGGACCAGGCUGCAACACCAGGGAGAUCGCAGACAAACUGAUGGAGCUGAAGGCCGAGCUGGACGAUCUGGCGCUGCGAAACGAGCUGGACCAGCAGAAGGUCUUCCAGCAGAGCAUCAAGAACGUCACCGACGACUCCAGCAACAGCCCGAUGGCCUACGUAAAGCACGAAGACCUCUGUGGAGCGUUUAAAGGGGACACUCUGCUGGCCAUCCGGGCCCCCAUUGGGACGCAGCUGGAGGUUCCUGUGCCAGAACUCGUCCUUAAUGGACAGAGGAAGUACCAGAUCCGUCUGAAGAGUACCUCUGGACCCAUCGAGGUUCUCCUGGUCAAUAAGGACCCGUCCAGUGCCGCUCCGGUGGUUCUGCCCGUCCCGCCUCCUGAUGACAUCCUGCACAGCCUGCCAGCGCAGACGGCGACCCAGAAGACCCCCAGCAAGCCGCAGCUCUGCCAGCCGCAUCCAGCCAUAAAACCAGCCACAAGAACGCCAGGCGCCGCAGCAACGCCGGGCGCCGCAGCAACGCCGGGCGCCGCAGCAACACCGGGCGCCGCAGCAACGCCGGAUGCGAGUGCACAGCUUGGUGCUGCAGCACAGUCAGCUGCUGCAGCAGUUCCGCAGCAGCUGCAGUCCUCCGCCUCCCUGGACGGUUCUGCCUCCUUAGCCGGGUUCCAGCCCGUCAAGUCGGACCCGUCUGAGCUUUUGGAUUUUCCCAAAGAGCUUUCUGAAAUGUUUGACCCGACUAAAGAGAUGAUGCCCGGAGACCUGCUGGAGGACCUGAUGUCGUCUGAAGUGUUCUCGCCUCUCCUCCGUCUGUCGCCUCCACCCAGCGACCACGACUACAUCUACAACCUGGACGAGACCGAGGGCCUUUGUGAUCUCUUCGAUGUCCCCAUCCUUAACCUCUGACCCCGUCUGGCCUGCCUGCAGCCUCCAUCAGCGCCUCCAUCAGCGCCUCCAUCAGCGCCAUGUACAGAAAACAGCUGGAAACUUUGAGCUUUUCCAAGGAAAAAAGUCAAAACUAUAUUUUUUUGCAUUGUUGUGUACAAAGAUGUGUGUGUGUGUGUGUGUGUGUGUGUGUGUGUGUGUGUGUGUGUGUGUGUGUGUGUGUGUGUGUGUGUGGACCUUUUGUACUGAAGAAUCUCAGAGCGUCUCCUGGGAACCAGAAGAACCGGGUUCUGGGUCCUCCUUGUACAUAGAGAAUAUAUAUUUUGUGAUAGCGGCGAACGAUGCUUUAUCAUUUCUGCAGUUGGAACUUCGAAACUGUUCCCAGGAAUCAUGCAGCUUGGUCUCAGUCCAGUCCUCCCAGUCUUCCCAUUUUAACCAGCCUAAUGUUAGCUGCAAGUCAAACAAGAAAUUUAUGUAAAGAUGUGAUCAGAUUAAAAUGACUCGGUUUUAAGGUUCUGUAAGGGAUUUUAAAACUGUUUUUUUUAGAGCCUCCAGGGUUUUGUUAAGCAAAUAAAUAUAAAGUUUUAACGCUGGCCACAGAUCCUCUGUAUGUUUCUGUGUCGUCUAUAAACUUUUAAAUCUAGCCUCCGGUUCUUCCCCAAUGAUUCGGUUCUGGAUGAAAGUUCUGACGGGGUUCUGGGUUGGAACGGACCCGGGUUCCGGCCACUGCUGAGUGCAGAACACAAAAACUGCUCAAGUGAGAAUCACAUUCCCAAAUCUUGAUCAAACAUCAAGAUUUAAAUCAUCAGAUGGACCAAAAUAUGAAGUUAUGUGAAAUUUUUGGUAUUUUAACAAUUUGUAUAAAAAUAAUAUAAAUGAUUACAAAAAGUUUUCUGAACCAUUUUUUUAGAAUAUACAACUAAAGCAAACUGCAGGUCUGGUGACUUUUUUGUUAGAACAAGUUUGUUCUUCUGGCAGUAAAAAUGCUCCUAAAAGUAACUUCUCUGGUUCGGACUGGAUCCUGGGUUGUAGUGGAUCCGGGUUCUGAUUAUCGGUCCAGUUCAUUCCAGUGAAGCAGCUGGACUGUUUUACUUUAUUUAUGGAAUAAAGUUCAUGUAAACAUGAGGAAAUAUGCAGGGAGGUUUCUAUGAAAACCCGUUUAUUGAAAACACCAUUAAGCUUUUCUUGCAUCGUUUUAAACUCG